CCCACAACUAAAUCUCUCUCUCUCUAUCUGUCUAUCUUAUUUUCCUUUCCAUUUCAGGCAAAACACAAUGAACGGCUCUCACUCCCACUCGCCGCCUCCUUCAGUACCCCUCCCGCCCGCCGCCCAAAGGCUGGCAGGCAAAGUUGCCAUAAUCACCGGAGGCGCCAGCGGCAUCGGCGAAAGCACUGUCAGGCUCUUCGUCCGCCACGGUGCCAAAGUCGUCGUCGCCGACAUCCAAGACGACUUGGGCCAAUCUCUCUGCGGCCAGCUCGGCACCAAAGACGUCGUUUCCUACGUGCACUGUGACGUCACCAACGACGCCCACGUCCGCGACGCCGUCGACCUCGCCGUCUCCCGCUACGGGAAGCUGGACAUCAUGUACAACAACGCCGGAAUCAGCGGGCGCGUGGACUCCACGAUCCAGCUCGAGUCCAACGACAACUUCAAGCGCGUCAUGGAUGUCAACGUGUACGGCGGGUACCUGGGCGCGAAGCACGCGGCGAGGGUGAUGGUGGCGGCGGGGAGGGGCGGGGUGAUCCUGUUCACGGGGAGCAUAGCGUCCGUAGCGUGCGGGGAGUCGCCGCACGCGUACACGGCGUCGAAGCACGCGGUGGUGGGGCUGAUGAGGAACCUGUGCGUGGAGCUCGGGGAGCACGGGGUGCGCGUGAACUGCAUCUCCCCCUGCGCGCUGGCGACGCCGCUGCUGAGGGAGGCGAUGGGCUCGGCGGACAAGGCCGUGGUGGAGGAGGUGAUCUGCGCGUCGGCGAACCUGAAAGGGGUGGUGCCGGAUCCGUCCGACGUGGCGGCGGCGGCGGUGUACUUGGGGAGUGACGAGGCGAGGUUCGUGAGUGGGGUCAACUUGAUGGUGGAUGGAGGGUACACGACGACCAACCAGGCGUUUAAAGUUGCCCUGGGGAACCUGUUGGGUGCCUAAAUUAGCUUAGCUUAGCCUAGCGAGCUAAUGAUGAAUUGAUGAUGCUACAUUUUCCUGAAUUUCCACUGGUUGUUUUUGAAGCACGUGUGUUUAAUUAUGUCACCAAAUUGUUAUUGCAAAUUAUGCAGCUUGAAAUUUCUACGACGUCACUGGUUUACUGUUGGAAGAUGUACUGCUUGUGUUGUACUUGUGUUGA